GUGAGUUUAGCAGGUGGGACCCAGUUCAGUGUGGCACGAACAACAUUUCAAUUCCCAAAGAGAAGAUCUGGCUUCCAGAUAUUGUCAUCAAUGAGUUCAUGGAGGAAAACAAAGCACCGUCUAUACCAUACAUGUACCUGUUCAGUGAUGGUAGGGUACACGAAGCUCUUCCACUCAGAGUUGUUAGCUCCUGUAAUCUCGACAUCUAUGCCUUUCCCUUCGACAUACAGAACUGUUCCCUAACUUUCAACUCCUACAUCUACUAUGCGAUUGAGCUUAAAAUAAUUCUUGGACGAGACGCAGAAUUAAUGACCGUAUUCUCUAAGGACGUAAUGACCACCAUGGGUGAAUGGACACUGGUGGACAUCACUGCACAGAAAAUAGAGAUAAAUGACAAGUCGGGUCUUUACCCAGACAUGCUUGCAUUUUACAUCCGAGUGCAGCGCCGCUCCAUCAUGUACGUAGUGACCCUGCUGCUGCCCAGCUGCUUCCUCAUCACGUUGGACCUCUUCAGCUUCCUGCUGCCUCCUGAGAGCACAGACAGGUCCUCCUUCAAGAUGACCAUCAUCUUCGGCUACACGGUGUUCCUGCUCAUGAUGAACGACCUGCUGCCCAUCACCGGAAACACCAUACCUCUGAUAAAUGUGUUCUUCUCUCUUUGCCUGGUCCUGAUGGUGGCCAGUUUGCUGGAGACCAUCUUCAUCACCAACAUAUUGAUCAACUCAUCCGACUUCUCUCCCGUCCCUCGAUGGAUUCGGAUUCUUGUUCUGAAUGUCCUUGGCUGUCUCGUUUGCAUGCUGCGAAGGAGAGAGAAACCAGAGGGUUCAGGUACAGAAGCUGCAGUGGCUAAGGCAGCUCCAUUUGUACGCAGGAUAAUUCAAACUGAAAAAUUGAGCAACAAAAUACAUGGAAAACAUAAUACACAUUACAUAAAAGCAAAUACCAGAAGACAUAAUCACAAAAGAAAGAUAUGGCAUAAAGUUCAGUCUCAUUGCUUCUUACACACAGAUCCAGGAACAACAAACAGAUUUGAUGUAAAUCCUCUUGAAAUGGGAGAACCAGCUGAGGAAGACGAGGCUCUGAUGGAGCUGAAGAGCCUGAGCCUCGCCCUGCAGGCCAUCCGCUGUGAGGUGGAGCAGCAGCACAAAGGGAAGCAGAGCUCUGAGGAAUGGAUCCAGGUGGGUCUCAUCAUUGACCGCCUGCUGUUUGGCCUCUACAUCGCCUUCAUAUCAGUCAGCUUCAUCACCAUCAUCAUCCUCUGGGUUAACUCCUGCAGUCAGUAG